AUGGUUGCGCGGGUGCGUUGUCCCGGGGGGAAGGUGCGCCGGGAGAGGCGAGGCGGGACAGCAUUGGAGUGCAGGGCUAGCGUGUGUGGUGUGGUGCCCGUGCUCUCCCCUGCUCAGCAGCGCGUCGUAACCCUAUCUGUUCAACCCGCCACGCGCUGCUCGCCAUCUCCCCUCCCCCCCGCCAUCUCUCUGUCUCCCAAGCAAGCACUACCCACCAUGGCAUGCCUGCCUACUUACCCGCCCAUCCACCCCUCACCGCUUUCCCCGUGUUCCCCAUCCUGCCCAUCCUCCGUUGAAGCAGAGGAUGAGUACGGGAGAGGACGUGCUGGCACGGCAGCUGAGCGAGGAGCAAGUAGAGCAGCGCCCCCGCCCGUGUCACUCCCAGGAUCGCAACCCCAGGCAGCUACAGCAGCAGGCUCACAGCAGCCAUCGGCAGCGUCGCCCUCCUCCUCCGCGGCGCUGGCAGCAGAGAGGGAGUCGCCCAACUUCCGCUUCUCGCAGCCGCUCUCCCUCGUCCGCAUCUCCUCCCUCGCCCCCUCCCUCGCUCCUUCCCCCCCUCUCGCCCCCUCCCUCGCUCCUUCCCCCCCUCUCGCCCCCUCCCUCGCUCCUUCCCCCCCCUCUCGCCCCCUCCCUCGCUCCUUCCCCCCCCUCUCGCCCCCUCCCUCGCUCCUUCCCCCCCCUCUCGCCCCCUCCCUCGCUCCUUCCCCCCCUCUCGCCCCCUCCCUCGCUCCUUCCCCCCCCUCUCGCCCCCCCACUCGCUCCUUCCCCCCCUCUCGCCCCCUCCCUCGCUCCUUCCCCCCCUCUCGCCCCCUCCCUCGCUCCUUCCCCCCCUCUCGCCCCCUCCCUCGCUCCUUCCCCCCCUCUCGCCCCCCCACUCGCUCCUCCCCCCCUCUCGCCCCCUCCCUCGCUCCUUCCCCCCUUCUCGCCCCCUCCCUCGCUCCUUCCCCCCCUCUCGCCCCCUCCCUCGCUCCCUCACCCUCCCUCGCCCCCUCCCUCGCCCCUUCAACCUCCCUCGCCCCCUCCCUCGCUCCGUCACCCUCCCUCGCCUUCCCCUCUCCUGCCUCUCCUUGUGCCCCCACCGCCCUGACUACAACCGCCGCUGUGCCUGCCACUCCCACGGUCACAGCGAAGCAGCUGUUCUCUCACGUCAAGGCGUUCCUGGCGGGGCGAGCUGGGGGGAGUGACAGUGUGCAUGGCAGUGCGGACGGUGGUGGGGGAGGUACUAAUGGGGAGAGUGGAGGGGAGGAGGAGGGGCAGGGGCUGUGGCGUGUGGUGCGGGCAUGCGGGGUGGAGUCAGCAGAGGGGCUGAGUGGCGUGGUGGAUGAGAGGGGGUGGACCGCCAUGCACGUGGCAGCCCGCAAUGGUGACCCCCCCGUGGUCAGUCCCAUCUCACAUCACAAGCAUGCAUCUUCCCACUGGCACCCGUGCAUCAGCUCCCACACACCGCCACCUUCCAUCAUCCUGUGUCUGCUGCACACGCCCCAGCGAAGCCUUGUUCCGCGCUCACACCGACCGGCUCCCUUUUUUCUCCCCCCGACUCCUCCAUACAUGUGUCUGCAGCUGCAGGCACUGUUGCGCAUGGGCAUGCCGGCGGGGGUGUGCAGCACACGCAACGCCACCACGCCACUGCACGUGGCAGCGUAUGGUGGCCACGUGGAUUGCAUGCGCCUGCUGGCGCAGCAUGGGGCCGACAUCCGCGCUCGCACUGCUGGCGGCUGGACGCCGCUGCACAACGCAGCGAGCCAGGAGCAGUGGGACGCAGUGAGAUGGCUGGCACGGCGGGGGAUAGCACCAGCAGAGGUGGAAGCAGCCGGGGCCAACCCCAAGGCGCACCUCAAGGCGCACCUCAUGGCAAGGGCGGUGCAGAUGGUGCGGGAGGAGCAUGAGCGGCGCGUAGGGUGUGGGGGGAUGGAGGAGCAUGGAUGGGGGGACGAGCCUUGUGUGGAUGCAUUUCUUGCGCUUGAUGAUCACCCUGCUGCGCUGCCUGACUUCCUGCUCCCACUGCUCAGUGGUUAG